AUGGACACAUCCAAUCAAGCACUGCGUAUCCUAGGAUGGGCGGAGUUUAUUGCCCAUCCAUCACGCUUGCAUGCCAUAUUUAGUAACACGCGAGCAGGGGAGUUGAUAUAUGACGGGAACCACGUGAUCAACCUAACACAGACCACAUCCAUUGAAGACGUCGAGGUCAAUGUGUAUAAAGACAACAUCGUGUUAACUACGAAAACACAGAACCAGCUGGCUUUAGUUCACGACAUGUUCUUCCAGCGGAUGUUGCUGCUACGCAUCACCAUCGACCACACGGAGAUCUCCAGCAAGUACAGCGUGGAGACUGUCAGCAUUGUUGAAGAUGAUUUCGCUGUUUUACUCAACGGCCAACAUCCUUCAAUCCGGCAGCAAAUAAAAUCUGGUUUCCAGGCUUCCAUGCAUUAUUUAAACAGGAAUCAGAAAUUCUGCCUCGAGCUUGACUUGAGCGAGCUACUGCUGGACUGGUACAUGGAGGUGCGAGAUGCCAUUACCAGUUGCGACGACAUCCACUCUGUGAAGUCAAAGAGGACACGCCUCUGCGUGACCAACCACACAUUGUAUAACCACAGCCUCGACUGCAGCCCCAAGUGGAUCCUUUUCCUGUGCAUCUGCUGGAUUCUCUUUGUGCCAUGCUACAGGCUGUACCGGAAGCUGACGUGUGCGGAUAUCCGGAUCAAGUUGAAAUGUGACGUCACUUGCGCAACCUACUAUAUUCAAAAUGAGGCUACAAGGUGA